AUGACUUCCGUCAAUACGCCAGAGGAGCAGGCCAUCGCCUUCCUUCUGACCUGCGUGGAAAAUUCUCAGAAGGGCGAGAUUAAUUGGGACAACGUUUCGCUCGAUAUCAGCAUCAACAUGACCCCCGAAGCGGCCAGUAAAUACUACUUCAGCAUUGUGAAGAAUGCGAAAGAGUUCGAGCGCUCUGACAAGUAUCCCGAAAUCCCUGGAGACCCUUCAUGGGAGUCCGUCACGGCUGAGGAUAUUGGUCCCGUCGUCAUUGUCGCAGACUUACAAUGA